AUGGUCCAAGGCGUAGCCCCGCAGGGCAUCGUCUCCCUCUUAGACACGGAUCUGUACAAGCUGACCAUGCAAUGCGCGGUCCUCAAGUACUUCCCGGAUGUUUCUGUGACCUACAGCUUCACGAAUCGGACCCCGCACAUGAAAUUGCAUCGCGCGGCUUACAAAUGGCUACUGAAACAGUUGGAUUAUCUGGCUGAAAUCCGCGUCACUGCCGAGGAGCGCGAAUUCCUCCGCCAAAAGUGCCCCUACCUAAAUGACGCAUACCUCUCCUUCCUAGAGACCUUCCAGCUCAAGCCUUCCGAGCAUGUUGAGGUCAAGUUUACUCCGACACAAGAUACGGGCAGCGACGAUGACGAGGGCAACGUGGAAUACGUCAUCAAGGGACUCUGGCUCGACACGAUCCUGUAUGAGAUUCCUCUGCUUGCGCUGACCAGCCAGGCGUAUUUCAUGUUCAGUGAUACGGACUGGGAUUACGAGAACCAGGAAGAGAAGGCAUACCAGAAGGGCUGUACUUUGCUGGAGAAUGGAUGCGUGUUCUCCGAAUUUGGCUCCCGACGCCGGCGAGACUACCACACACAAGACUUAGUCAUGAAUGGACUUUGUCGCGCCGCGGAGGAAGGAAAGAAGCAGGGCUGGUCGGGUGUUAUGGCCGGAACGAGCAAUGUGCACUUUGCCAUGAAAUACAAUAAGGCUGCAGUUGGUACUGUGGCGCAUGAAUGGUACAUGACCAUUGCGGCUAUCACGGAUGACUAUGAGAACGCCAAUGAGCUGGCGCUGAGCUACUGGCUCGGAUGCUUUGGGGAGGGAGUCCUUGGAAUCGCGCUUACCGAUACCUUUGGCACGCCGGCUUUCCUUGAUGCGUUCAGCAAGCCCGUUUCUGGGCCAAAUGAGAAGGCUGGUGCCCGCUCAACUAUGACUUACGCUCAGAGCUAUACCGGUGUCCGCCAAGACUCAGGAGACCCAGCACACUUUGUCCAGAUGGUCCGAGAAUUCUAUGACCGUCAGGGUAUUACCGACAAGAAGACCAUAGUUUUCUCGGACUCACUGGACAUUGAGCACUGUCUGGAGUACAAGGCCAUUGCCGAAGAGGCUGGAUUCAACCCUACCUUCGGAGUAGGAACCUUCUUUACCAAUGACUACACGCAAAAAACCACUGGGGAAAAGUCCAGGCCUCUCAACAUUGUUAUCAAGAUCGCCACUGCAAAUGGAAGUCCUGCAGUCAAGCUCAGUGACAACCUGGGAAAGAACACAGGCGAUCACGCCAAGGUUCAGGAAGUUAAGAAGAAGCUGGGAUAUGUCGAGUACUCGUGGGAAGAGGGCGAUGAGAGCCGUCGUUGGACAAAGCAAGCUUAA